AUGCCGCGACCCGCCUCUAUGAUAGUGAGAUUGAAUUCCCUAAAUAGCCACCUCACUUCAACCUCCUUGGUGGAGCCUCCGUAUCUGGCGUUUGGCCGCCAUAACACUCUCCAUAAACUCCUCACUUUAAACUCCUCGUCACCAAACUCGCUUGUUUUUACUUCCUUUUCGUUUGCGUGUAACAGCAACUCUAUGUCUAUGGCAUCAACGCGGCUUGUAAAUUGGGAUGAUAUUGCGGAACGCUUUGCCCCGCAUGCACCGUCUAGCGGUAAAGGCUCACAUGUCCUUCACAACAACCCACAAGCUCAGAGCCAGAAGAAGACUAAGAAAGACCUUGGCCCCACCACUUCACGCCAUAGUCCGUCUUCUGCAAGACUGCCUCCACAAACUAGUAUUCAGCAAGGAUAUGGGAUGAAUCCGAUUUCAAGUGUUUCAAGUGGUACAGAAUCACGUGCUGGUCAUGUUGAGCCCCAAGUUCUUGGAAAUGUCCCCGUUGAAAGUGCCCCCGCAGAAAGUUCUUCUGGAACUGGAAGUACAUCAGACAACCAAACAUUCACAAGGAAAGUUCACAGAAUGUUAAUUCAAGGUAUGUUGAAGGAAGAAAUGGAAGCCAUCUUCCACACUUGGUCUAAGUUGGAGUGUACUGUGUACCAGGUCACUUUUGUGUUCUUUGAUAUUAUGGCACCAAGAAUUUCUCAUAAUCACCAAGAUGUUCAGGAAGUUGUGACAAAAGCUGGCACGUUAGACUCAAAAGUGCUUGCCUGA